AUGGAAAGUAUAUUGGCGAUAUGUAAGGCGUUUGAGUCUGACCUGGCAUCUAUAGAAUCUAGUGACGAGAACCUUCUCAUCGAGGGCUAUUUACAAACCAAGCAUCCUCAUGACAAUGACAAAAUAGCCGCGGACUACUGGAUCGGAGGAAAUGACAUCGAGGCCGAGGGUCAAUUUAAAUGGAUUGGAUCGGAGCAGCCGUUUACGUUCACCUACUGGAUGACAGGACAACCGGAUCCCUCGGAACAGGAUUGUGUCGAGAUCCGGGGAGUUAACAACUUCCGGUGGCAUGACGAAACGUGCACCCAUCAGCACCGCUUUAUUUGCGAAAAGCCGAUGGGUUCUCCGCCAGAUAUCAAUGUCAUCGGCUGAACCUUCUGACGUCAUUAUCGUGUGCAAUUAAAAGUAAAUAUUUAAA